UAAAGAUUGGCGUUAUGUCGGUUCGUAAAUGUUACAGUGAUUUUUGUUAAAAAUAAUGUGUUCCGCCUUUUUUAAAAUGGAAUUGCAGUGUUAAAAAAUAUCCAAAUGUGGUUAUUAAAUGUGGUAUUAGGAAUUCCACUAAAUAUGAGAAAAGACGUGACAUUUAACGCGAGACGAAGAUAGCAAAACAAACAUGACACCGAAACGAAAAAGUGCAAGUUCUGAAUCGACUUCGUCGACGAGUUCAGGGUCUUCAUCAUCAAGUUCGUCAACCUCAGGAAGUGAGUCGAGUUCAUCCGAUUCAGAAAACUCAAGUACUUCAGCAAAUAGUCAAAAACCAUCCGAUACAGAGAAGGUGAAGAAAAAGGCGCCAGUGAAUACAGCCCGACAUGCUAAAUCAAAAAACGAAACAAAUAGUGCGCCACCUCCAGAAAAUAGAACCAAGGAAAAAGCUUCUUCAAAGUCCCGACCGGUUGUUUAUUCUUCGGAAUCUGAAGAAUCACCGAACAAAGCGAAAUCUCUAAAAAGAAAACCACCUGCAAAACCAAAAGCUACCGCCACAGUUGCUCCAGUUGUGAAAACUCAAAGGCCCGUUGGCAAAGCCAUUUCUGCCGUAAUUCAACAGAAACAGGCUUCCAGCGCGAAAGCUAUCAGUAAACUCAACAAAUUUCCUGCAUCAACAGGAAAAGCUCCACCGGAAAAAAACUCAAAGGGAGCUUCAGAACCAGCUCAGAAAAAAUUAAAAAAGAAAAGUAUCUUCAGUCCCGAAAAUAGUAGCGAAAGUGAUACUGGAGCUCCGGCUAAAUCUGCUGGAUCUAAAACUACAAGCACUCCUGUGAAAUCUCCAAAGCCUCAAAAUACUAAAUCGAAAUCAGGAGUCCAAAAGCCUCGACCUCCAAUAAAUAACAGAGCAAAUGCUCCUCCAAAGCAAUCGCUUAAAUCGGACAGUUCAGUCAGUUCCAAAAGUUGUUCUGCAGGAUCGGGAGGUUCCGGAACCUCUGGGACGAGCGACAGCAGUUCUGAAUCCGAAUCUUCGGAAAGCACCGCUAGUCCACCACCUCCAAAAAAGAAAGAGAGUCAGUUAAAUUCAUCUUCAAGUUCGAAUCCUUCUCAAAAAAGACCCUCGGCUUCUGUAGCGGCUGUGAAACCUCAGAGAAAUUCGAAAAGACAAGUGAAAACUGACGACGAUGGCGACGCAUCCGAAAGCGACAAAGAAAUGGAGGAGCAAGGUGAAGAACCCCCAGUCAAAACCUCUGCGAAAGGAAAGCGAAAACUGCAAACUAGAAAGGGUAGCAAACAACUGCAAAUGCAAACAAAGCUUGGGAGCGAUUCGGACUCUGAAGGUACGAAAACAGUAGCGCGUAAGCGUGUCCUGCAAAUUCCACUGAUCCGGUGUGAUUUGUCGGGAGCAGUCGAGAACAAGAGGAGCAGCUCCAAGUCCCCGGUUAAGAGAGCUGGACCGAGCACGGGAGCAGCGAGGCAUUCGUCGAGUUUGAGCAGAUCUGGUCAGGGUAGCGGGAGUGGGAGCAACACCAGCAGCAAGGAACAGGGAAGUUCCUCUUUGACACAAACGAAGGAAAGAGAGUGUCCUCUGGCGGCAACAUGCGAAUCUCGGGGACACCUUUCGGGGAAGUUCGAGACUCAUUUCACCUUAGAAGCUUGUCCUAUUUAUCAUAAUACCACUCCGGAGGCUUGUGUAGAGUUCUUCAAGGAACGAAAAAAGCGAGAAGAAGAUCGCAAGAAGGCGAUAACAAAUUUAGGAAAAAAGUCUCCAAAAGGAGUACACCAAACAAAUGAGCAGCGCAACUACCAAUUAAAAAUUAAAGAACUGCGAAAAAGGUCGAAAAGUCCAUCCGGAGAUGCUAACGAAAGCGACAGUGCAGGUGAAAAUGUGGAAGCUGAAAAAGACAGACAACCACGUCUUAAGAAUCUUACUUCCGAUUAUGAUCUCAAGUUAUUCAUGGAAGCUCAGGCCAUCGCCAGUGAAAAAAUUGAAAAGGAGUUAAAAGAAUUGGAUUACGACGGCGAUGGGAGGAACGGCGGUGGAACGCGUCUCGUGGAAAUGGGAAAAUGGGAGAUGGAAGUUUGGUAUCAGAGUCCUUAUCCUGAAGAGUUUUGUCGUGCUCCGAAGCUUUAUCUUUGCGAAUAUUGUCUGAGGUACGCGAAAAGUCGGCAGGUUUUGAGAAGGCAUCGUGAAAAGUGUGUUUGGAGACAUCCUCCUGGCCAUGAAGUCUACAGAAAGGAUAAAAUUGGCGUUUGGGAAGUAGACGGAAAACGCUACAAACAGUAUUGCCAGAAUCUCUGCCUACUCGCAAAAUUUUUCUUGGACCACAAAACUCUCUACUACGAUGUCGAACCUUUUCUCUUCUACGUCAUGACAAUUGGAGACUCCGAGGGAUGUCAUACAGUUGGUUACUUCAGCAAGAACGGGGAAAAAAAUUCUUUUUUGAAUUACAAUGUGUCCUGCAUUCUGACUCUUCCUCCAUAUCAACGCCAAGGCUAUGGACGACUUCUUAUCGACUUCAGUUACUUACUGACGAGGACGGAAAAGAAGAUAGGUUCCCCGGAGAAGCCGCUGUCUGACUUAGGCCUAAUCUCUUAUCGAAGUUACUGGAAAGACGUGCUACUGCAAUAUCUGUGCAACUUUGGAGGAAAGGAACUUUCCGUGAAAGACAUCAGCAAGGAGAUGGCGAUCGAUUCCUACGACAUAGUGAGCACCCUACAAGCACUGGGAAUGAUGAAAUACUGGAAGGGAAAGCACAUUAUUCUCAAAAAACAGGAUGUGAUCGACGACUACAAGGAAAGAGUAAAGCGUCGGGGUCCUGUGUACAAAGAAAUCGAUCCCGAGUUUCUUAAAUGGAACCCCUUUCAGACUCCCAAGACACCCUCAACCUCCAACUAACGUCUCAGAACCGCCAUCACGGUUAAAGCCACCCCUUCUUCUCCAAAGGAAACCAUAAGCGUCGAGUAGCAGGUUUCAGAUCGUUAGUAUCUAGCAUAGAAAAUAAAUCAAUUUCUCCUAAAAUCCUCUCUUGCGAACGUCCGAUGAACUUUGCAGAGGGUAUAAUUUGCCCCAUGUCAUCGAUAUUUUUCAUCGACAUGCAGUGGCACGAGUCCAGACGAAUAUUUUUCAGCAGUGUAACCGAUUUUCACGAAACAUUUUCAAUCAAAUUAAACUCUAGAUUUAUUUUUUUAUUUGUGCGUCGUAACGCGGAAAUAAGCGGGACAUGGGGGUAAACUGGGACGCCCGUAUUUCAUUCAAAGAAAGCAGUAGAAAGUCAAAUGCAAAAAUGUUGUGUGUGCCACUUUACCCUAUUGGGUUUCCACCCGGUUUUCUACCAGAAAAUACAAUAUAAUUCGCGGAAUUCAAGAUUUCGUGUGUCCCGCUUAGCCCCGUUUUACGUUAUCUCGUAAAAUAAUCAAUUUUUCAUUCUAUUCGGUUACCAUGUUUGAAAAAGGCUGGAAUUAGGACUGUGCGAUUCGAAAAUGUGCAAUUCGAAAGUCUUUAGAAUCGACUUUCGACGUAUUAGUCCGUUCGAAAACAUUAUGUUUUUUCCUGGGGCAAUUCGAAAGUCUUGCAAAUCGAUUUUCGAAGUUUUCACUUUUUUAUGCGAAUUAGGCAGUUUGAAAGUCUGCAAAAUCUAUUUUCGAAGUUCUCAGUUUUUUAUUCGAAUUAGGCAUUUCGAAAGUCUUUUAAAUCGAAUUUCAACGCACUCUAUUUUUCGGUUUUUGUUUCAAAAUUUGAUUGGCCGAAUUCCAAUUCGGUUCUUUUUUAUUCAGCCUGAGCGCAUUGAAAUUAAAUUCAAGUCGAAUUUAAAUAAUUUUUUUUCAAUUCGGUCUUUCGAAUUGAUUUUCAACGCGCUCAUUCCGAAUAGAAUAAAAAACGGUUCGAAAAUCAUUUGAAUCAGUUUUCACUGCGCUCAGUCUGAAUCGAAAAAAAAACGAUUCGAAUUCGGUCAUUCGAAAGUUUUAAAAAAUAAAUUUCAACGCGUUUAGUUAGGAAUAAAAAAAAACAUUUCGAACUGAGCGCCUUGAAAUUCAAUUCAAUAGGAGCAUUUUAUGUUUUUUUUCGAUUCGGAUUGAACGUGUAGAAAGUUUAUUCGAAAGAUUUUCGAAUUACCGGUUUUGAAUCGGUUUUUUUUCGAUUCGGACUGAACGCGUUGAAAUUAAAUUCGAAAUACUUUGAACCGAUUUUUUUAUUCGAAUUGAGCGAGUUGAAAUUCACUUCGAAAGACUUUUGAAUCGUUUUUUUUUUUCGUAUCGGGCUGAGCGCGUAGAAAGUUGAUUCGAAAGAGUUUAGAAUUGCCGAAUUCAAAUCGUUUUUCUUUUAUUCAGACUGAGCUCGUUGAAAUUCAGUUGAUAGAGUUUUAAAUGACCGAAUUCGAAUAGUUUUUUUUAUUAAAACUGAGUGGUUUGAAAAUUGAUUCGAAAGAUUUUCAAUUUUCUGAAUUCGAAUCGGUUUUUUUUUCGAUUCGAACUGAGCGCGUCGACAUUCAAUUCGAAAUACUUUGAACAGUUUUUUUUCUAUUUGAAUUAAGCGCGUUAAAAUUCACGUUGAAAGAUUUUCGAAUAAUUUUUUUUCGAUUCUGACUUAACAAGUUGAAAAUCAAUACUCGAAAUAUCCUCGAUUUUCUGAAUUCGAAUCGGUUUUUUUUUUAUUCGAACUGAGCGCGUUAAAAUUCAAUUCAAGAGACUUUUAAAUGGGCAAAUUCGAAUUUUUUUAUUUAGGCUGAGUGCGUCGAAUUUCAAUUCAUAAGAAUCGAUUUUCCGAAUUCGAAUACUUUUUUUAUUCAGACCAAGUGCGUGAGAAGUCAAUUCGAAAGACUUUCGAAUUUCCGAAUUCGAAUCGUUUUUUGGUUGUUUUCGAUUCGGACUAAGCGCGUUUAAAUUUAAUACUAAAGACUUUCAAAUCGUUUUAUUUUUCAAUCCGGACUUAAAGCGCUGAAAGUCCAUUCGAAAGACUUUCCAAUUGCCAAAUUCUAAGUUUUUUUUUCAAUUUGGACUGAGCGCAUUAAAAUUUAGUUUGAAAGAUUUUGGAAUUGCCCAGUUCAAUAGAUCAAUAGAUAGAAUUUUUUUUAAUAAUCAGUAGAAACAAGCUCAGAGAUUCGUCACUGAGAUGAAUCAAAUCAUAAUACGUAUUAUAGCAAAAUUCGUACGCGUACGAGAAUUGUACAGUUUUAGAUAAGGUAAAUCACGAGAUUGAUUUGUUUUUAAACUUCUCUCUUUUUUAGAAAAUCAUUAUAGAUAAUUGACUAGCGACUCGGAUUGUCUUCUGAGAAAGACAAUUUUUUAAUUUAUUUUGCAAUGGGCGACGAACACAAUGUUGACUAGGAUUAAUUGUAUCGUGAUUUAAUAAUAUUUUUUAUUUUGUAUUUUCUAUUAAUCAAGAUUAGAGAAAUUUGUUACAGAGAUAUUAAAGUCAAAAUUUUUUAAGAUACCUUAUUUGCCGAACACGUCUGAAGGAUGCCAAGUAUUUUUGCGAGUAUAAAAACGUUCGGCUCCGUUAUUUGUAUUCCAGAGCCGAAGUGGCCUUGAGAUUUCGAAUCGUGAAGGAAACGAUUGCGAAGCGGUACUACCUCGAAGUAGUAAAUCGAUUUUGAAACGAGGUUGUUGCACGAUUUUAGAUUAAAAUUAGACUUUACUUGUUCUACAUUAAUUUGACUUUGAAAUGGAUAGAAUUUUCAAAAAUUGUUUCAUGUAUUUUAAUUUCCAUCUCAUAGUAACUGUUUCCAUUAUGAGUUUGAACAGCAAGUAAAUGCAACAACCUCGAUUGAGGAAGUUUAAAAAGUCAAAAAUGUCUAUUUCAAAUAAGUGUACAAAAUUUUUUUUACUAAACAAUUUGGUAUUGGUGGAUGAUUUUUGGUCUUUUUAAAAUCUAAUUGUAUAAAAAAAAGAAUACUAUUCGUAACAUAUGCUAACGUACUUACUGAGUACAAAUAGCUUAAGACGAAAGUGUGACGUUAGCUGUUACGUAUAAUUAUGUAUAUGAAUUAAUUAUAACGCAUAAUAAGAUUCUUAGAUAAAUGGAAGGAAAAAAUUUGGUAGGUAAUCUUUCAUUAUUGCAAUUUCUUGAUGAAUAAAAUUUGUAUUAUUUAUGAAAUUAA